GACCAUCCUGUGACGCCAGGGCCGUUGGGAAAUGUAGUCCUUUGCCUCGUCCCGGACAUCGGUGUCCCACCGGCUCAGCGGUGACAGCUUGGGAGCCCCCUGAAGCAGCUCUGUUGAGCAUGGGAGGGUUCUACCUGCCCUACACCGGAGUUUGACGGCUCAGCAUGGACCAGUCUGUGGCGAUCCAGGAGACGCUGGCUGAGGGGGAGUACUGCACCAUCGCUGUACAAGGUGUGCUAUGUAAGGGAGACAGCAGGCAGAGCCGCCUGCUGGGACUGGUGCGGUGCCGGCUGGAAAACGCCACCCAGGAGCAUGCUCUCUUCCUGUAUACACACCGGAGGAUGGCCAUCACAGGAGACGAUGUAUCCCUGGACCAGAUAGUACCACUCUCAAGAGAUUUUACGCUGGAAGAAGUGUCCCCAGAUGGUGAACUCUACAUCCUUGGCUCUGAUGUGACGGUACAACUGGACACAGCUGAGCUAAGGCUUGUAUUCCAGCUACCCUUUGGCUCACACACCAGAACGUUCCUCCAGGAAGUUGCCAGAGCCUGUCCAGGUUUUGAUUCUGAGACGCGGGAUCCCGAGUUCCUGUGGCUGUCUAGAUACAGGUGCGCAGAGCCAGAAGCCCAGUCGCUGAAACCGCGCGAGUGGAACUCGGACCCGGGUACCCCGAGCGGGUGCACGCUUAUUGGAGGAGGUGGCUCUAACUUGGACAGCUCAAGGACCAAUGGGAGAGGCCUGCUUAUGGACCAAAGCUCUGGGGCCAGGAGUUCAGAUAAGCCAGAAAAUUCCCCCACAAGACAGAAUAAAUCUAAGUCUGAAAUUACUGACAUGGUUCGCUCCUCCACAAUCACUGUAUCAGACAAGGCUCACAUUUUAUCCAUGCAGAAGUUUGGACUGCGAGACACAAUCGUGAAAUCACAUCUCGUGCAGAAGGAAGAGGAUUAUACCUACAUCCAGAAUUUCAGGUUUUUUGUGGGUACAUAUAAUGUGAAUGGACAGUCCCCCAAAGAAUGCCUCCGGCCCUGGCUGAGCCACAGCGCCCAGGCCCCAGAUGUGUACUGUGUUGGGUUCCAGGAGCUAGAUCUGAGUAAAGAAGCCUUCUUCUUUCAUGAUACCCCAAAGGAGGAAGAGUGGUUUAAGGCCGUGUCAGAGAGCCUUCACCCAGGUGCCAAGUACGCAAAGGUGAAGCUCAUUCGACUGGUUGGGAUCAUGUUGCUGUUGUACGUCAGACAGGAACAUGCAGCGUAUAUCUCAGAAGUGGAAGCUGAGACCGUGGGCACAGGAAUCAUGGGGAGAAUGGGUAACAAAGGAGGAGUGGCAAUCCGGUUCCAGCUGCACAACACGAGCAUCUGCGUUGUAAAUUCCCACUUGGCAGCCCACAUAGAAGAGUACGAGAGGAGGAACCAAGACUACAAAGAUAUUUGUUCUCGAAUGCAGUUCUCUCAAGUGGACCCAAGCCUCCCCCCUCUUACCAUUAGCAAGCACGAUGUGAUCUUGUGGCUGGGGGAUCUCAACUACAGAAUAGAAGAGCUGGAUGUGGAAAAGGUGAAAGCGCUCAUCGAAGAGAAGGCCUUUCAAACCCUGUAUGCAUAUGACCAGCUGAAAAUUCAGGUGGCUGCUAAGACCGUCUUUGAAGGUUUCACAGAGGGCGAGCUCACCUUCCAGCCUACUUACAAGUAUGAUACUGGCUCUGACGACUGGGAUACCAGUGAGAAGUGUCGUGCUCCUGCCUGGUGUGACCGAAUCCUCUGGAAAGGAAAGAACAUCUCUCAGCUGAGUUACCAGAGCCACAUGGCCUUGAAGACCAGUGACCACAAGCCCGUCAGCUCGGUGUUUGACAUUGGGGUGAGGGUUGUGAAUGAAGAACUCUACCGGAAGACACUGGAGGAAAUUGUCCGCUCCCUGGAUAAGAUGGAAAAUGCCAACAUUCCUUCUGUAUCACUCUCCAAGCGGGAGUUCUGUUUUGAGAACGUGAAGUACAUGCAGUUGCAAACACAGUCCUUCACGAUUCACAAUGGCCAAAUACCCUGUCAGUUUGAGUUCAUCAACAAGCCUGAUGAAGAGUCUUACUGUAAGCAGUGGCUGACCGCCAAACCCAGCAGAGGCUUCCUCCUGCCAGAUUCUCACGUUGAGAUUGAAUUGGAGCUCUUUGUAAAUAAGGCUACCGCCACAAAACUCAACUCAGGCAAAGACAAAAUCGAAGACAUUCUGGUUUUGCACUUGAUCCGGGGAAAGGAUUACUUUUUGUCUGUGUCUGGGAACUACCUGCCCAGCUGUUUCGGGUCUCCCAUUCAUACGUUGUGCUACAUGAGGGAGCCAAUCUUAGACCUACCACUGGAAACCGUUAGCAGGCUGACUUUGAUGCCAGUGCAGACUGCGGAUGACAGGAGCCAGCUGGAGAACCCCCUGGAAAUCCCCAAAGAACUCUGGAUGAUGGUCGACUACCUGUAUAGAAAUGCUAUCCAGCAGGAAGAUCUGUUUCAGCAGCCAGGCCUGAGGUCAGAAUUUGAACAUAUAAGAGACUGCUUGGAUACUGGAAUGAUUGAUAACCUCUGUGCCAACAACCAUUCCGUAGCUGAAGCCUUGCUGCUUUUCCUAGAGAGCCUGCCAGAGCCCGUCAUCUGUUACAGCGCCUACCAUAAAUGCCUGGAGUUUUCUGGCAACUGCGUAGUCAGCAAACAGGUCAUUUCUACUCUCCCCACAUUCCACAAAAAUGUCUUCAACUACUUGAUGGCGUUUUUGCAAGAACUGCUGAAAAAUUCAGCAAAAAAUCAUUUGGACGAAAAUAUUCUAGCUAGUAUAUUUGGCAGCUUACUGCUCCGAAACCCAGCUCGUCCCCAAAAACUUGACAUGACGGAGAAGAAGAAGGCCCAAGAGUUUAUUCACCAAUUCCUCGGCAGUCCAGUCUGAGCCUCAGUACUUCUCUCCGGUCUUACCCAAGCAGCCACAAUGGUCAACCCUGCCUGUUUCAGCUCAAGAGCUGCCCUAAAGUGCUCUGAGGCCAGCUGGAAGCAAGAACGGCAGCUACCUGUUUCUUGAGCCUAGACCUGCUCCUUACCCAUGCCGUUGGCUAGUACACCAUCCUGACUUGUGAAGACAUGGUGGAAAUCCACAAUUAUAGAACUGACGUUCAAUGUUCACUUUUAGUUAUUUAACACAAAUAGAGCUCUAUUUGUUUAUAUUUUUUAAAAAAGUUAAGUAACUGUACUUUGCCUUACUCAAACUGCCUCUGGGACAUACAGUCAGUGAAUUCCCUGUAUCCCUGACUGAGCAUCUCAUAAUUAGGUAUUUGGACUAGCUGAAGUCCUUGAAGAACAAGUUGUACAGCAGGAAUUUGGUUAUAUGUUCCUGGAUAAACAAGUUUUAGCCAUUCCAGAUGCUCCCACUGUCCAAUCUGAGGACCUGUAUAUACACAGGGAAACACUGCCCCCUUUCUACUCAGCUCCAAGGCCUCGAAGUGGCCCCUAAAAACACAAAAGAAAGGGGGCUCUGGUGAAGCAAGUGGGAUUUUGUAGGUCAGACAGUCCUCCCAGCUGUAUAUAAUGUAUCCCCUCUCAUAUGUGUAAUAUAUUUUAAUGAUAAAUGUAUUUUUAACAGUU